UAACGGAAGGGAUUCCCCAGAAAUUUCUUGCUUGCCAAAACGUGCAAGGACAUUUCUCAUCAGAACUAACACUCGUUUCGUGUCCUCCUCCCUUUGAGGGCAAACAUGAAAUAUAUACUUGUUUUAGGAAUUAUAGGUUUACUUUUUAUAUCUGUUGUGUGUGCAGCAGAUGAAUCCAGUAAUAAGGAUGAUUCUAGUGCGACUGUUGAGGAUGAUCUGGGUAAGAGCAGGGACGCAGCAAGAACUGACGAUGAGGUAGUACAGAGAGAGGAAGAAGCAAUAAAACUAGAUGGGUUGAAUGUUGCUCAAAUGAAAGAACUCAGGGAAAAAUCUGAAAAAUUUGCAUUCCAAGCAGAAGUAGAUCGAAUGAUGAAACUUAUUAUCAACUCCUUAUAUAAAAAUAAAGAAAUUUUCUUGAGAGAAUUAAUUUCCAAUGCAUCUGAUGCCUUGGACAAGAUCCGUUUCCUCUCUGUAACGGACAAGGAUGCGUUGGGCGACAUCACCGAGAUGAGCAUCAAGAUCAAGGCAGAUAAGGAGAAUCAUGUUCUGCAUAUCACAGACACUGGUAUUGGGAUGACCAAAGAUGACCUGAUCAAACAGCUGGGAACAAUAGCCAAGUCUGGAACCAGUGAAUUCCUACAGAAAAAACUCGAAGAAGCUCCUACUUCAGAUGCCAGUGAUUUCAUUGGACAGUUUGGUGUCGGAUUCUAUUCCUCAUUUUUGGUGGCUGACCGUGUCGUCGUGACGUCAAAGAACAACGAUGACGAGCAGUACAUCUGGGAGUCUGACGCCAGUCAGUUCAGUGUCAUCAAGGAUCCCCGGGGAAACACACUGGGCAGGGGAACCACAGUCAGUUUACACCUGAAGGAAGAGGCCCACGACUUCUUGGAAGAAAACACUCUGAAGGAUUUGAUCAAGAAGUACAGCCAGUUCAUUAACUUCAGCAUCUACUUGUGGACUAGCAAGACCGAGGAGGUUGACGAACCGAUUGAGGAGGAAGAGAAGAAGGACGAGGAUGAAAAGAAGGAUGAGGACAAGGAUGAGGACAAGGAUGAGGACAAGGAUGAGGAUGAUGAUGGGAAGGUGGAGGAGGAGAAGGAAGACGACAAACCGAAGACGAAGAAAGUCUCCAAGACCGUCUGGGACUGGGAGCUCAUGAACAGCGUGAAGCCCAUCUGGACACGCAAGCCAGCAGAUAUUGAAGAAAGUGAAUAUACUGAAUUCUACAAGUCCAUCAGUAAGGAACAUGAGGACCCCAUGACAAAGAUCCAUUUCACUGCAGAGGGAGAAGUUACGUUCAAGUCGAUUCUCUACGUGCCCAAGAAUUCUCCCAGCGAUCUCUUCCACAACUAUGGCAAGAAAAUUAGCGGUAUAAAGAUGUACGUAAGAAGAGUAUUUAUCACGGACGAUUUUGAAGACAUGAUGCCAAAAUACCUCUCAUUCGUUAGAGGUGUGGUUGAUUCUGAUGACUUGCCACUGAAUGUCUCCCGAGAAACUCUGCAGCAACACAAGCUUUUGAAGGUCAUCAAGAAGAAACUGGUUCGAAAGACUCUCGACAUGAUAAAGAAAAUCAGCAAAGAUGACUAUGAACAAUUCUGGAAAGAAUACAGCACAAGUAUUAAGCUGGGAGUCAUUGAAGACCCGUCAAACAGAACACGUCUCGCGAAGCUUCUCCGGUUCUCCUCCUCCAACUCGGACACAGAGCUGACGAGUCUCGCCGAUUACGUGGAGCGGAUGAAGGAGAAGCAGGAUGCCAUCUACUUCGUGGCUGGAACCAGCAAGACAGAGGUUCAGAAAUCUCCCUUCGUGGAACGUCUGUUGAAGAAAGGUUACGAAGUGCUGUAUUUGACGGAGCCUGUUGAUGAAUACUGCAUGCAGUCACUUCCCGAGUUCGACGGCAAGAAGUUCCAGAACGUUGCCAAAGACGGCCUCAAGAUCGACGACUCUGAGAAGGCCAAAGAAAGGAAAGAAGCUUUGGAGAAGGAAUACGAACUUCUGCUGAAAUGGCUUAAAGAGGAUGCUCUGAAAGAUAAGAUUGAGAAGGCCACAGUCUCUGAGCGGUUAACCACCUCGCCUUGUGCCCUGGUCGCGAGCCAGUACGGCUGGUCUGGUAACAUGGAGAGAAUAAUGAGAGCACAGGCAUACGCAAAAGCCAAAGACCCCAGUCAAGAGUUCUAUGCCACACAAAAGAAGACCCUGGAAGUGAACCCGAGACAUCCACUGAUGAAGGAACUCAAGCAGAGAGUGGAGACUGACAAAGAUGAUCAAACGGCUAAAGAUCUAGCAAUUGUGAUGUAUGAGACUGCAAUUUUAAGAUCUGGUUAUGUGGUGCCAGAUUCUGCAAGCUUCGCUGAGAGAAUAGAAAGAAUGCUUCGACUUAGCAUGGACGUACCACUAGAUGCUAAGAUUGACGAUGAGCCGGAGGAGGAGGAGGAUGAGAAGGUUGAGGAUGAGAAGGUUGAGGCUGACGGUGAGGAGGAAGUGGUGGCCGAGGACGGCGACGACAAGGAGACAAAACAAGCUGAUGACGGCGACAAGGCUGACGACGACUCCGAGAAAAGCGAAGAUAAAGCAAAAGACGAGCUAUAGCGGCAUUAUAGACAUGAAUCAUUACAUUGUGUUACACCACACUAGAAAUCAUUUGCAUGGAUCUUCUUAGGAAGUUCGGUUUUCAUCAUCGUAGUGGCCAAAUCACUGUGUUAAAACCCAUCAUCAUAUCGCCCUGUAUGGAAGAAAAAGACCACUCGACUUAUUUUAAAAUUGUAUGUGUUUUGUCCAACAUACUUAAACACAGGUUAAUUGCAAGUGUCAUAGCCUGCUUUUGUAAUAAUAGAGGAAAUCUCCUGUUUUGGGUUUCGAAUUCCAGUAUUUGUGAGUUAAAAGUUUUACAAUUAUGACAAGAACAAAAAGUGCUUUUGAAUCAGUGAGAUUAUCGCAUUCAUAAAAGUGCUUGAUUCUAUUUUCUUUUUUUUUUCCUUUUUCUUUUUUUUUCUUUUAAAAAUAUUAUGUGAUGGUAUUUUCAUUAGGGUUUUCGAAUUCAGUAUUUGCAAGUUGUUAUGGCCAUAAUAGGGAUCUGGAGAUACAAGUGUGAUUCAUUUUAUUCGUUGUUAGACCAUUUGAAAUAAUAUAAAAUAUUUGAAUUUAAAGUGGUAUGUUUGUUUAUUCUUGCCUUGUUCAUUACACUAAAGAGAAAUGGAGAAUGUAAGAUGAUAUGUAAUGUUAUGUUUUAUUUUGUUGUCAUGAAUGAGCUACGAAGAACUAAUAUCAAAACUUGUAUGUCUGAAACAUAUUGUACAGUUCAAGGUGGAAUAAAUUAUUUCUAUGUG